AUGGAUGAUGCUUAUUCUCAUUAAGCUUCAACUCCCUUAGAUCGAAAUCGUAUAUCCAAAUUAGAAACCAUGAGGAAUGAAAACAUGAACUUUGUUGAGUAUUCUUAAUUACUUAGUCUAUAGCUCUAACGAUGUGAUAGUGGAGUACUACAAAAAUCAGUACAUAAUUUUAUUAUUACUAAAGAUAAGCAAGUGGAUUGGAUCGUUAUUUUCUUGAAAUAGAAUCUUGGUUGGAAGAAGAUAAAACUCUACACACUAACACACCUUUAGUUCUAGAAGCAGAUGAUGGAAUUGGUAAGAAAACGCUUUUAGUAAAAUGGAUGGAAUAUCAUGCUAGAAAUAAAAAAGGAGUAAGAUUAUAGUGAAUAAUAGCGAUAUCCUGAUUUCAUAAUUCCACAUUUUGCCACUUAAUCAGGCAAAAAUAGCAAUUAUUAUUAUGCCAUCUAUAGAAUUCUUAUUAAAUUAAGAGAAGCACUCAAUAUAAAAUAAAAAGUAGAAUUAUUAGAAGAGAAGUUAAGAAGAUAUUUCUAAUAUUGGUUAGAAAUUUGUAGUAGAUAAUUGGAAUAAUAAAUUAUAAAUGGUGCUCCAAUCAUUUAUGAUAAAGUAUCAUACUUAUUUUAUUGAUCUAGGUUAUUUUAGUAUUUGAAGGAAUAGAUAAUUUUAGAGAAAUACUGGAUAUGCAUAGAGAAGCUAAUGUAAACUUUUGGUUGCCAAAAUAUUUCCCAUCUAAUAUCAAAGUUAUUGUAACUGCUGAAAGAUAAUCAGCAUCAAUGAAAUUGUUGAAGCCUGAUUGUCAUGUAAUACCUAUUGUAUCUGACAAAAUUGUAAUGAAAUAGACAGUCAAUCAUCAUUUAGGGAAACAUCUUCUUAUUUAAGUAUUUUUAUAUUAACUUAUAAGAAUCCUUAAAAUAUCUUAGAUAUAUUCAUACAAUUAAGUUAUAAAGUGAGAAAUCAACCAGUUUUUGUUAGAUCUUACUUUUCUGUAUUCAUUCCAUAUCCAUCAGAAGGUGUUGUAGAAUAAGAGGAAAUUGAUUAAAGUAUUGUUGAAUAAAUAUUGUAACCACUUAAUUUGAAUCAUUUCAAAUCUAUGAAAAUAGUUGAAGAUUUAUUUGCAUUUCAAUUAGAUUACUUUUCAUAAGCAAAUAUUAUGGAAAUUCCUAAAUUUAAAAAAGUACUAUUAGUAUUAGCUUUAACAUAAAAAGGAUUAACUUAUCCAGAAAUUGAAAGUGUUUGUAAUAUUACUAUCAAAGAAUGGAAAUUAUUUUUAGUUUUCUUUAAAGUAUAUAUUAUGAUACAUAAAGAAUUAUGGAUAAUUCAUAAUGAAAUCUUUAAAAAAGUAAUCAUAAAUACAUAUUAUAUUGAUGUUAAAGAAAUGUUAGAAUUACAUGAUAAUAUAGCUACAACUAUUGAUAAGAUUACUCCAAAUUCCAUUAGAAAAUUAGAAGAAUAAACAUUUUAAUUAUAUAGUGCUAAAAACUAUUUCUCCUUAAAAGAAGUAAUAAGUAUUAUUGAAAACUUUUUACUACUUUUUAAUCCUUCAAAUAAAUAUGAUUUAUGUAGAUAUUGGUAAUCUCUUGAAGAGAAUGGAUUUGAUCCUGUUUUAGAAUACAAUAAAGCUGUUGAAGGUUUUCAAAUUCAUUAUCAUCCUUCAUCUGAAGAUAUGUUCAGAAUCAUUUUAUAAAUAUCAAGAUUUCUUAAAGAAUUUGGUGAUUUUGAAACUAGAAACACUCCAAUAUUUAGACAUCCUCCAAUCAUAGGUGUAUUGAGUGACUUAUAUGAUAUUGGAUUACUGUAAGAAAUACUCAAAUUAGAUCUUUAUUAUGAUAAAGCACCUGAAUUAAAAGAGUUUGAUCCAGCUAAACAUUUAAAACGUGUUGCUAAACCAAAAACAGCUCCAGUAUUAUCUAAAAUGGAAUCACUCAAUGUAGAAAUACAAUAAAAUAGAUAAUUAAUCAGAACACAUUAUCUUUCAUUAUUGUCUAAACCCUUUGAGCAAACAGAAAAUGAAGAAGAAAACCCUGAUAAUUUGGAUUAAUUGGCUGAAGAACUUAAUCAAAGAUUAAAAAAAAUCAUAUAAUAAAAAGAAGAUAAUCUAUCUUAAGAUUAAUUGUAAUCAAAUGAAAGAGAAUCUACAGAUUAUUAUUAUAAGAGAUGGAUUUGGAUAUAAUUUCCUUGGGCUUGUAUGAGUAUUGAUAAGAAUUGUGAUUACUCUACUGUUAUUAAAUAAUGUUUCUCUUCUGCAACAGAUUAUAUGAGUGUUGAAGAUGAGAAUGCAUUUACAGAAUCAGCACUUAAAAUUGCAUUUGAAGCUAAAAGAAAACGAAAAGAGAUGUAUGAAUAAAAAUAAGAAUAAGAAACAAAAUUGCAACUUAUUCCAUAAAUUCCUGUAUUGUAAUAAAAGGGAUAAGAGGAAGUUUUGAAAAAAUAAAAAAGAGAAUAAAUUGAAUUUAAUACUAUUUCAAGUUCAAGAUACCUUAGAUCAUCUGCUGUUAUCUUACCUUCAGUAUCUAAUAGUAAGGAUUUGAUGAUUAAAAAAUAAGAUUAAUCCUAUGAUAAUCACAAGAAUAAUUAGAUGUUUAUAACUUCAGAUUUUAUAGAUUCAAAUUAUCUUAAUGAAGAAUCUAAAAUAAUUAAUUUAAAUUAAACUACUAUAACAAAUGAUGGUAAAUAGACUAUGCAAAUACUUGAUUAAUUAAAGAAAUAAAAAAGUAAAAUGAGAUAAUUUCCUUCAAAUUCAUUAUCUCAUGAAGUAUAUAAAAUUACUGAAAUAUUUCCUAUUGUAAAAGGAAAUAUACAAUAACAUUCAACAGCUUAAUUAAAUUUGUUAUAAAAUCAAGCAAGAAUGAUGAGAUAAAAAUUGAAUUAAAUCAUCUAUGAUAAUUUAUAACUAGCUCAAACUUAUAAGAUGUUAAAGAUAAUGGAUUUCAAUAAAGGAUAUUUAAAAAAAGAAAUGAAUAAUUUAGAAGAUUUAAAAUAAUUAUAAAAAGAUCUUAAAUAAUAAAUAGAAAGAGCAGAAAAAGAAUUAAAGAAAUCUUGUAAAACAAAAAUAAGAGUUAAGAAAAUAUUGAAAGUAUGUAGAGAUAAUAAGUAAUAAAAUGAAGAAUAUAUUCGAUUUUUAAAUUAUUUAACAAGAAACUUUGCUAAAUUGAUUAAAUUUGAAGAAUUAGAAAUUAAAAAAAGUUAAGAAAAUAUCCAAUUAGCUAAACGUCAAUUUGAUGAAUUUUUAAGAAUAUAUCAUUAAAAGAGAUAACAUUAAACAACAUUGUUACUUCAAAUAAAAAAUAGUUUAAAUGAAAAAUAACAUUUAGAUAAAUUAUUUUAAAUUAGUGAUUAAUAGAUUACCUAUAAAGCUAAUGAUUCUAUUUAAAAAUUAAGGAAACGAUUGAAUAAAAAAGAGGAUGAAACAAAAAACAAAAAGAAUAAAGAAACAUAGGAAAAGGAAGAAAAAUUAUAAAGAGAAAAAUUAAUAAAUUUAGAAUAAUCAUAUUAAAAGAUUAAAAGAGUAUUUGACAUCAAAAAUAAUGAUUAUAAUGAGAAGAAAGAAUUUAUAGAUUUUAUGGAUUAAAAAGAAAGAAAAAGUACAUAUGAAAUUCAAUUGUCAACAAGUAGAUAAUAAUUAAGUGAAGUAUUGGAUUUAAAUAGAAAAUUAAAUGAAUAAGCUAAAACUUAUGAAAAUGCUUAUUCAUCUCUUAAUUUGAAUUAAAAAGAAAUUAAAAUAGAUGGUAUCUUUUUUAAUUUUAUUAAAUUUAGAUUAAACUUAAGAAAAAAAAUAAGUUAUUAAUAUUUAGUUGUAAGAAUUAUAACUUAAAAAACUUAUGGUUUUAUAGGCUCGAUUGACAAGUUCAUUAGAUUUAAUUGGUAAGAAGUGUGGAGUAUAGGAGCAUGAUGAUGUAAUUUAAAUUUAGAUUAUUAAAAGAUUUCUAUAAUUUUAAAUGAGAGAAGACAAUUUAUAAUUAAAAAUUAAGGAUAGACAGAUUAUUAAUAGAUUGUAGAAGAGAAUUAUGACAUUAAACCCUUGUUAAAAUAAUAAGCACCUUUUUAUUUUCCUAAAAGAUAUAUUAUUAAUGGUAGUAAUAAUAUAGAUUAAUGA